AAGGUAAGAUCCCGGAACCUGGCUUUGCGUCACUUUCUCAUAAACAGUGUAUCGGACCAGCCGAAUAUUACUGGGAAACAGCAGGAAAACGGGAAGUUUAAGCGGAAGGGUACAUGUAGCUUCCGCAAGGUAAUUAAGGAUAACCCUCAUCUCUAUGGAGAUGCUAAGAUUGGUGCUUAGGACUGGACCACCACUAGGAUGCCUUUUGCUGAUGCUUUUGCUGGUGCUUGGCAUCAUCAUUCUGCCAUGCAGUGACGUAGUGCUGCAUCUGGAAACUUUGCAAGAAGCCUGGGAUGUGCAUCGGCUAUUCACACAUGUGCUGUGUACCUCAGACAAUUUGCUGUUUUUAUUGUCAUUGGUUCUCUUUCCUCUCCUGUUCUGGAGGAUGGAGGAACGUCUUGGCACCUUAUACUUUCUGCAGUUGUCCUGUCUCUGCACACUGUGCUCUGCCAUUCUUUACCUUCUGACAUCCUUCCUUCUGCCUCCGCCAGCUGUCCCUGCAUCUGGAUACCUUGCUACCCAGUUGUCGCUAUUGGUAGCUAAGCACAAAACUGUCGGUUGGAGAUUUGGCAAAAAGAUUUCUUUUUUGUUGCCUUAUGGGAUCCUAAUAGUCACUCAGCUGCUUUUUCCAGAAUCUUCUCUUCUAUAUCAUAUCUGUGGAAUAAUCAGUGGACUGGCCAGUCGUGCUGGAUUACUCCAUCACCUAGAGCUGCCAUUUUCUAGAAGGCAGGCACUGGACAGCAUGCACCUCUGCGACUGCUUGACAUCUUUUAACCUGGCACGGUUCAUUCCAACUCAAGAGGAAAGUUCUGCAGCACAGGAGCGACUUCCAUUCUCCUACACAGAUGCAUAUGAGUCCGUUCUCUCUAACGAUUUGCCCAUAAGAGGAGCAACUCGGCACACUUCAAGUGUUACCAAUUUUAGAGAGACUCCUGUUUGGUUAGGAGACCCAGCAUCCUUGGAAGAGGAGAUGUUGGAAGCGGGUAUUCUGGCUUCUCUAAGGGAUUAUGAGGAACAGGAAAAGCUGAAGCAGGAACCAGCCCUGAACAAAUCCAGUGUGUCAGCACUAAGGCUACAGCAACUGGAGCGCAUGGGAUUUCCCACCGGACCUGCGGUUGUUGCAUUAGCUGCCACAGGAAAAGUAGAGAGAGCUGUAUCCCUUCUUGUGGAAGGAGAAAUUGGUGGAGACAUUGCAGUGGCUGAUGUAAGACAGUCUUCUCGUGGACACCUGAACACAAUUGAUGCAGGACACUUAAACUCAUGAACUUUUAUGUGAAUACUUUUAAAUAUUUGUAAAAUAAAUUAGGAUACAUACAGUGAUUUACAGAUGUUAAAUAAAUAGUAGUGUUACAUCAUUCUUAUGAAGACAACCCCUGCCCAUAUAAAAGGAAUACGUACGGCAA